AUGGCCGACGUCAGCGUUUAUAUCACGUCGGGAUUGACCUCCUCAGAGAGAAGAAUAUCUCCUCAAUGGGACAUUGCACAUUUGAAACAACGAUUAGAGUUUGUUACGGGGAUACCCCCAGCAGAUCAAAAGAUCUGGGUUUACAAAACGCCUACAUCCAAUGCAAGGUACGAGCUGAAAGGUGGCGAAGAAACGACACUUAAUGAAUUCCAAAUUGCACCCUAUACUAGAAUCCAUGUCGAGAACAUCAACCAGCAUUCGGAUAUCUCAGAAUUGGAAUCUGCAACGGCCCAGGAUGAUGACGAGCCAGUCUUCAAUUUGAGUGAAGAUCAGUACAAUUCCAUGGAUAAUACAGUGCGCAGGUGGAAAGAGGAAAACAAACUGGGGCGAUUCGAUCCCGAUUAUCAGUCCAAGAAGUCUAGAAUUUUGGAAGAACAUAGAAAAUUAUCAGAAUCGUUUGAGAUCGGAGCGAGAUGUCGCACAAUGAAUAUGAUGGAAAGACGGGGUUACAUCAGAUAUGUUGGAAUUAUACCAGAGAUUGACAAUGAGAGCUACUGGGUGGGCGUAGAGUUUGAUGAGCCUGUGGGAAAAAACGAUGGGUCCAUCAAGGGAAAGGCAUAUUUCAGAUGCAAGGCCAACCAUGGCAGUUUCGUGAAACCAACGUUGGUGCAAGUUGGAGACUAUGGUAUUAAGGAAGAUGAACACAGUGAUGAUGAGGUAUAA